AUGAAUAUUAUCAUAGAUCAUAUCAAUGAAAGAUUGCGGGAUAAUGCCAAAGUCGCGUUAAGAACCGAAUUGGAAAAAGAUGUAUCGGAAUUAGUAAUUUGUUUAAAAUUGGACAUGCAAAAAAUGGAAAUAAAAGGAUUGAGCAAUGGAAGACUCGACGCAAUUAGUUGCAAGUUGCAUGUUCGAGAAUUUGAUCAUUGGAGUACUCAUGACAAACAAGAUUCUUGUAGUACAGCUUCUUCAUUUGAUUCUGUUUCUGAUAAUUUAGAUCCACAACCACAAUGGUCAAAUAAUCGACAAAAUCUGCAAGGUCCAAAUACUAGAGACAGGUGGGUUCCUCCUACACAUGUCACAAGAACCAUACCCAAAGUUAUUGAAGAUCAAAUGUCAAUUGAUGUGGUUCAACAUAAAGUGACAGCAUUAUUAAAUAAGUUGACAUUGGAGAAAUUUGAUGUUAUUUCAGAUCAAAUAAUUGAAUAUGCUAACAAAUCAAAAUUUGAAAAAGAUUGUUGCAUUCUCAAGGAAGUUCUUCGGCUGAUUCAACUGACAUUUGAAAAAUUAUGUCAUGAAUGUGACAAAAUCAAUUUUGGUCAAAUGCAUGCCCAACUUUGCAAAAGAAUGAUGGAGAUGAUUGAUCCAGAGGUUACUGAUGAAAAUGUCAAAAACAAUGAUGGAGAGUUGGUUAGUGGUGGAACUUUAUUUAGAAAGUUUCUGUUGAAACAUUGUCAAGAAGAUUUUGAAAAAGUUUCAAAAGUCAAUAUUCCAAUUCCAUCAAAUGAAAAAGGAGAAUUAGAUCUUUUAUCAGAUGAAUAUUAUUAUUCAACAAAAGCAAAAAGAUCUAGACUUGGUUUGAUGUGUUUUCUUGGUGAACUGUUUAAGUUGGGUAUGUUUACUGAACGUGCUAUGCAUGAAUGUAUAUUGUCACAAAUCCAAAAUGCCAACGAAGUUCCAGGAGAAGAAGCAAUAGAGAAUUUAUGUAAAUUAUUAACAACUGUUGGUAAACAAUUGGAUCAUGGUCAUGAUAAGGCAAAAAAUCCUAUGGAUGUGUACUUUAAUCGUAUGGAUGAAAUGUCUAAAAACAAAGCCUUCAGUAGUCGUAUAAGAUUUAUGCUUCAGGAUGUUAUUGAUUUGAGAAAUUACAAAUGGAUACCUAGACAUGAUAAUAAUGCACCAAAAACUAUUUCUGAAGUUCAUGAAGAUGCUGCAAAACAAAAAAGCUCUGGUGGCCGAGGUAUGCUUAAAAUGACAGAACGAAUAUCACAUGGUGGUUUUCCACACCAUAAUUUUAUACAACCACUUGAACAAACUAAAGACAGGUGGGUUCCUCCUACACAUGUCACAAGAACCAUACCCAAAGUCAUUAAAGGUCAAGUGUCAAUUGAUGUGGUCCAACGUAAAGUGACAGCAUUAUUAAAUAAGUUGACAUUGGAGAAAUUUGAUGUUAUUUCAGACCAAAUAAUUGAAUAUGCUAACAAAUCAAAAUUUGAAAAAGAUUGUUGCAUUUUCAAGGAAGUUCUUCGACUGAUUCAACUGACAUUUGAAAAAUUAUGUCAUGAAUGUGACAAAAUCAACUUUGGUCAAAUGCAUGCCCAACUUUGCAGAAAAAUGAUGGAGAUGAUUGAUCCAGAGGUUACUGAUGAAAAUGUCAAAAACAAUGAUGGAGAGUUGGUUAGUGGUGGAACUUUAUUUAGAAAGUUUCUGUUGAAACAUUGUCAAGAAGAUUUUGAAAAAGUUUUAAAAGUCAAUAUUCCAGUUCCAUCAAAUGAAAAAGGAGAAUUAGAUCUUUUAUCAGAUGAAUAUUAUCAUUCAACAAAAGCAAAAAGAUCUAGACUUGGUUUGAUGUGUUUUAUUGGUGAACUGUUUAAAUUGAACAUGCUUACUGAACGUAUUAUUAUUUCUGAUUGUAUACGAAGGUUGUUACAAGUCCAAAGUGCCAACGAAGUUCCAGGAGAAGAAGCAAUAGAGAAUUUAUGUAAAUUAUUAACAACUGUUGGUAAACAAUUGGAUCAUGGUCAUGAUAGGACGAAAAAUCUUGAUGUUAUUGAUUUGAGAAAUAAUGAAUGGAUACCUAGACAUGAUAAUAAUGUACCAAAAACUAUUUCUGAAAUUCAUAAGGAUGCUGCAAAUCAAAAAGAGGAAUCUGCAAAAAUAUUAAGACAAACUGCAAGCUCUGGUGGCCGAGGUUUGCCGGAAAAACUAUCACAUAGUGGUUCUGGGCGCCAUUAUCUUAAAGACUCCCAGACCCAUGGUCCUAACAAUUUACGAUCUAAUAAUGAAGGUUGGAGCACACUUAGGGCACCAUCUUCAUGUAAACCAAUUAAUUUAUCAAAAUUUGGUUCUGUUUCUCGUGACAAAGUUUCUAGAUUAGUUAGCUUGAAUCCCACUGGUCUCAUACCUUCUGGAAAAGGAUGGAAAGUUGAAAGUAGAGAACAAGAAGAAAAAUCUACAAACACAUCCCGUAUUAAUUCAAUAACAGACAUUUAUAGUAUUUUGGAUGAUUUAGAGAUUGAAAAUCCGGUUGAAACAUUAAAACUAUCACAGACUACAGAACGAAGAAGAAUAAUGUUGACUCCUAGAACAUCAUCACCCAAAGAUGUAGUUAGUAAUCUUCCGCCUAAAACAACAAAUAUCACAAACUCUGUACCACUAGUAGUAGAGAUAAAUGCAGUAGCUAAAACAUCAGUGUCAUCAAUGUCUAUUGAAAUUGCUCAAAGAAAAAUUCGAAAUAUGGUUGAAGAGUAUUUUUCAGUCUUGGAUAUUAGUGAGGUACUAAUGUGUAUAAAGGAAUUACCUAUAGAGUAUCAUUCAAGAAUAAUUAAAGAAUUUGCAAACAUGGUACUUGAGAAAAAACAGGAGGAUGUUCAUAAUGUUGCUAAACUAUUUAAAAAAUUAGUGUCUGAUCAUAUUGUUAAGAAAUCAGAUUUUAAGGAGGGCCUGAUAGAAACAGUAAACUUUUUAGUAGAUAUUGGAGUAGAUGCACCAUUAGCAUAUGAAUAUACAGGUCAAUUGCUAUGUGGGGCAAAAAUGGACUUUAAAGAUAUUCAAGAUUUAUUUAAACCUUUAAUAGAGUUAAAUGAUUUUAAAGGAACAGAAAAAGUAAUGAAAGGGUAUUUAACUACAUUAAAAGAAGAGAUGUGGAAUAAUCUGACUGAGGAAGAAGACAAUAACAAUAAUAACAAAAGUAGUGAUGAAGAACUUGAGGCAAUAAACUUUGAUAAUAAAAAUCAAAAGGAAAAAGGAAAAAAAAACCUUCCAUCUUCAUCAAAUUCUGAUGUAGCUCCUGCUAUCAUUAUUAAUUCUGUUCACUCUACAAUUGGAGAAGAACUAUGA